GAUGGAAACAGGCAGGCCAGACCGACUGUGACAGCAAAAAUACGACUACUGCCGACAGCCAAGUCUCAACAAACCGUCGGUUCUGGUGAAUGGUGUUGGAUUUUACAGUCCGAAUGCUUAAGAAGUAGAAGCCCCGUCAACAUGGGACACAUUUUCUUUUCUUUCCCGGUGGCAGUGAAACUACGGCUGCCUGUUUUGGCGUCUCUUCUUGUCUUUCUUGUUGUCUUCCCCGGAGACAGCAGGCAGCACCGGACACGAAGCGUCAGCCCCUCAGCGGCGGAAACAGCAGAAACUUACAGCAAAUAUUAUAAUUAUGUGGCCCUCACCGGGCUCCUGGAAUCUUUAGCUCAGAAAUAUCCUCAUAUAGCGAACCUGUCGAGCAUAGGUCAGUCUGUGGAGGGCAGGGAGCUGUGGGUGAUGCGGAUCACCAAGGACCCAAACAUGGACACACCAGGGAAACCCAAAUUCAAGUACGUGGGAAACAUGCACGGCGACGAAACCGUGUCCAGACAGGUGUUAGUGUAUCUUAUCGAGUACCUGCUGAGUAAGUAUGGGGAGGAACCGCGGAUCAGUGAGCUGGUGAACACCACGGACAUCUACAUCAUGCCCAGUAUGAACCCUGAUGGUUUUGAGAAAGCCAGAGAAGGGGACUGCAGUGGGGACUACGGGGGUCGAAAUAAUGCCAGAGAUAAAGACCUCAACAGGAGCUUCCCUGACCAGUAUGAUGGGACAAGUGUCAAACAAGCGGAUGUUCCUGAAGUUACAGCUGUGAUUACAUGGAUCCAGGAGAAAAAAUUUGUGCUGUCAGCGAACCUCCAUGGUGGCACUGUGGUUGCCAGUUACCCUUUCGAUGACUCGGCCUCCCAUCAGCGACAGGGUCACUACAGCCAGUCAGCGGAUGACAGUCUGUUUCGCGCCUUAGCCUUAGUGUAUUCCCGCAACCACCCUGUGAUGAAGACUGGUGAGCCCAACUGUCCUGAUACGCCUGAUGAAACCUUCAAAGAUGGCAUCACGAAUGGGGCUCACUGGUAUGACGUGCCUGGAGGGAUGCAGGACUACAAUUACCUCUAUGGAAACUGUCUGGAAGUUACCAUGGAGCUGAGCUGCUGCAAGUAUCCUCUGGCCACUGAGCUCCAUAAGGAAUGGGAUCUGAACAGAGAGUCUCUGUUAGCCUACAUGGAACAGGUUCAUAUUGGUGUUCGUGGUUACGUGAAAGAAGCUGUCAAAGGUACUGCCCUAGCCAAUGCCAGCAUUGUGGUGGAGGGCAUCCGCCACAACCUGGCCACAGGGAAUCAUGGGGAUUAUUACCGUCUCCUGCUCCCAGGAACAUACAACAUCACAGCUGUGGCACCAGGGUACAUACCAAUGACAGUCAACAGUGUGCAGGUCUCAGAAGGCAAGGCUGCAGAACUUAACUUUACUUUGGCGCCUGCAGUCAGCGAGCCUUCUGGUAGCAUCACUGUGACUACUUCCUCCACACCAUCGACCAAUGAUACAAACAUGUCUUCCCCUACAAUCAGUUCCUUUAACCCCAGCCAAACUCGAGGGGUUCCUUCUGAAGGAAAGCAGGAAACACCCCCUGUGUUUCCACCUGAACAUCAGCCCAUUCAGCCUCAGGAAUUUCGACACCACAGCUAUGCGGACAUGGAACUUUUUUUACGCAAGUACAACAGCGAGUUCCCCUCGAUUGCACAUCUUUACUCUGUUGGCCGCUCCGUCAACCAGCGUGAACUGUAUGUGAUGGUUAUCUCAGAUAACCCCAAAGUUCAUGAGCAUGGUGAACCAGAGUUUAAAUAUGUGGCCAACAUGCAUGGUAAUGAGGUGGUGGGCCGUGAGUUAAUGCUUAACCUCAUUGAGUACCUGUGCCGUAACUAUGGCACCGACCCAGAGGUCACCCAGUUGGUCAACAGCACCCGCAUUCACAUCAUGCCGUCUAUGAAUCCUGAUGGCUAUGAAGUAGCCACUGAGGGUGAUGUGAAGGGCUACAAAGGUCGCAACAACAGCAACAAUUUUGACUUGAACCGCAACUUUCCAGACCAAUUUGUCACAAUCACAGAGCCCAGACAGCCUGAGACGAUAGCUGUGAUGAACUGGCUGAAGAGCACUCCCUUUGUCCUGUCUGCAAACCUCCAUGGAGGAUCCUUGGUGGUGAACUAUCCGUAUGAUGAUGACAGAGAAGGAAUAACUCGGUACAGCCAGUCACCAGAUGACAAAGUCUUUCAGCAGUUGUCGAGAGCAUACUCACAGAAGAAUACGUUGAUGUACAAUGGGCACCCUUGUGAGGACCUGUACAGAAAUGAAUUUUUUAAAGAUGGCAUCACCAAUGGGGCUAACUGGUACAAUGUUCCUGGUGGAAUGCAGGACUGGAACUAUUUGAACACCAACUGUUUUGAGGUGACCAUCGAGCUGGGCUGUAUAAAGUUCCCCUGGGCUAAAGACCUGCCAACAUACUGGGAACAGAACCGUGAAGCUUUACUACAGUUUAUACACCAGGUUCAUACGGGAGUGAAGGGAACUGUCUCCGACAUUAGUGAUGGCACAGGCAUUCCCAAUGCCACCAUUAGUGUGCAGGGGAUAGACCACAGCAUCACCACAGCCCAUACUGGUGACUACUGGAGACUGUUGACCCCUGGAACGUACUCUAUCACAGCCUCCGCUCACGGAUAUAAACCUUUGAGGACUUAUGCUACAGUUUCAAAAGACGGAGUGGAGGUGGUGGACUUCAGAUUGACUCGACUACAUACAGAUUCUAAUGGACAGUCUCCCAAAGGCCCUCAGCCCACACAGAACCCAUCUGAGAGGGAGUUUCAGAGUCUAAUCAAGGACCUCUCUUUAGGCCAGGGUUUGGACCAGCUGGUCAGGAGCACAGCCACAGAGAACAGGUUCCGCUACCGUAGCUACAAAGAGCUGUCGGAGUUCGUCAGAGGCCUCACCCUCAACUUCCCCAAAUUUACAUCUUUACGCAGUCUGGGCCAAACUGUAGAAUUUCGGACUAUAUGGGCUCUAGAAAUCUCCAACAAACCAGGAGAGGCUGAACCAUCUGAGCCUAAGAUCCGCUUUGUGGCAGGAAUCCAUGGUAAUGCCCCAGUGGGUAUUGAGCUGCUUCUGGAGUUUGCUGCCUUCCUGUGUAUCAACUACGGCAAGAAUGCAGCCAUCACUAGGCUGAUCAAUGAAACUCGGAUUGUCAUUGUGCCAUCUAUCAACCCCGACGGACGAGAACAGGCCAUUGAGAAGCAGUGCACUUCCACUCAGGGCCGGACCAACACUCACGGCAAAGACCUAGAUACAGAUUUCUUUGGCAAUGCAUCACAGCGUGUGGUAGAGGCCCAACCGGAGACCAGGGCAAUGAUGGACUUGAUUCAAGACAAAAGCUACACACUAUCUGUAGCCCUUGAUGGAGGCUCCCUUGUUGCUACCUACCCUUAUGACAAGCCCGUCCAGUCUGUUGAAAAUGAGGGCACUCUGAAGUACCUGGCUACUGUUUAUGCCAACAACCAUCCUAAGAUGCACCUCGGAGAUACUGGUUGUUCAAAUAAUGGGCAGAUGGGUAACAUCCCAGAUGGUGUUAUGAGGGCAGCUGAGAGGCAAAGUCACAUGGGGAGCAUGAAGGACUUCAGUAUGGACUUUGGCCACUGUCCAGAAAUCACAGUGUACACUGGCUGCUGUUUGUUCCCUCCGGCUGAGCAGCUGGCUACACUGUGGGCAGAGAACAAGAAGGCCCUCCUCAGCAUGUUGGUGGAGGUCCACAAAGGGGUGCGGGGCGUGGUGAGGGACAAGAGUGGAAAGCCUAUUGUGGGUGCCAUCAUUGUACUGAAUGGUGGGGUGAGGGUGUUCACUAGAGAGGGGGGAUACUUCCAUGCACUGCUGGCUCCUGGCAACCACAACAUUGAAGCUGUUGCUGACGGCUACCAACAACAACGACAAGAGGUGGUGGUUUCUUCCUAUGAGGCUGCUAGCAACAUCAUCAUUGAGUUUGACAUGGACAACAGCAUAUUUGGGUUGCCCAGGGAGUUUGUGGUGGCUAGUGCAGCGGCCUCCAUGACUGCAUUGGUGGUGACAGCGUGCAUCAUCUGGUGUGUGUGUGCAGCAAAGUCUAACCGACAGAAAGAUGGCUUCCACCGUUUGCGGCAACACAGAGAUGAUUAUGACGAUGAGAUUCGGCUCACGUCAAUGGGCUCCAAGAAGUCGCUGCUUGCCCAUGAGUUUCAGGACGACAGUGAAAGUGAUGAGGAGACACUCUACGCCAACAAAAUCUGAGAGCCUUGCUGCCUCAUAGGCAAUCGGCUCAGUAUUUUAUUUUGAUCUCCCACUUAAAUUGAAACCCUGUUAACAAGGAACAAGUUGAUGCUUGUGCUGAAUCUGUCUGUGGUGCAUAUUACAGUGGGAGAGACACAUUUUCUCUAAUACCAUCAAGUUCUGAGUGCUCACUCCUGUUCCCUCAGUAAUGGUACCACUAAAACAAUAUGUCAAAAAAAGAAUCUUCUUCUUUUUGGACUGAAAAGCUCCAUAUCAGGGGUGAAGGAGAGAAACUGGAAGGGAUAAGGAAAUGUCAAGUGAAAAAGGAGAAUUUCAGUCCACUGUGGCCCUCAUCCGUCCCACGUUUUUUGGUUUCCAAGCCAUGCCAAGAGCGCCGUUUAGACCACUUUACCUGUCCUGCCUGGCUUAAAGGUUAAGCCGAUAAGUCCAAAUAAACUCUUGUUUCGGGGAAGUGUAAUGAACCCUGGAUGAAAGUGCUUAAUCUCACAAUCUCCCCUACUCAUACAGUCUGUCAUCACCAUGCAAUUUGAUUUUUUUAAUACUGCUUUGAGCUUGGUAAUUAUAAAGGUAAUGUUUCUUUAUCCACAACUGCAUUACCAGGCUGAAAUGUCCACACCUUUGGGAGACUGAAUCCAAUACUGUGCCUUGGCUUUUGUAAGGUUACAGUCCAGUGAGGGCUGUAGAAUGUGAAAGAAAGCAGCAAAAUCAUGAAAAGAUAACUCUCGUCUGUGUCGGAGUGUGAUCCAUUCUAAACUCAGGUGGUAGGGCAGAGGGAAAAAAAAGUCACCUGUUGAAUGAUAGUUUCAAUGGUGGACUGUUUCUGCACGGAGUUCAGUGAUUCUGCUUUUUUCCAGUGAGUCAACGCUGUGGCCAAAAUCAUUAUGGCAGUGACCGUCUGAAAAGCUUUUCAGCAUCAGGGAUCCAGGAUGAAUAAAACCAUACUCCGAGAGUGCUUAUUUAUACAUGGAAGUAUAUUGCACUCCAGGAAAAGCAAGGAUCUUCGCAAAUCAUUGGCCAAGAAAACAAUAAAUCUCAGACUUAAUCAUAUAAGAACAAGAUUUUCACUUUUGUUAAAUGUAUAGGUUUAUUGCUGUGGGAUCUUUUCAGUUUUUACAUGGCAAGCUGCUCGUAACUAUCAUGCAUGUCACAACAUCUGCUCAGUUUUUCAAGAAUAUGUGCACUAUCAAUGUCUUGUACUCCAUCACUGCAAGGAAUAUCAAUUCUCUUUUGUUCUAUGACUUAACAGUACAAAGUUUGCUGCUGUUUUGCCCGUCCAUCAAAGAUUAAUGAUUACAAAUGAUUUUAAGACCCAGUUAUACCAAAUGAACGUGCAAUAAAGGUGACAUUUUCCAAACUAAUAGUUGAACAAAGACGCUAUAAUUCAUGAUCUAAUCUCUGACAGUCCAAGAGAUCAAAUUGGCCUUUGAGGAGCACGUUAGGCGCUUUCACUCAGUGCAUUUAAAGAACAGUAUAAGUUGGUGUUUUGUCUGAAUUUGCAAAUGAACUAUGCUGUGGUAAAUGGUAUAAAUUGAUAAACUGGAAACUGAAAAAUGGAGCAGAAAAUGUCUUUAUCUCCUCAUAGUAUAUCAUCUGGCCUCUCAAAUCCAAUACCUUAAAUUAAUUCAUUUAGAAAAUAUCAGCUAUAUUCUGUUGAAAUGGAAGGUUUAAAACUUGAUGCUGUAUUUUCUAUGAAGCAGAACUGUCCAUGUGUGCAGUUACUGUGCUGGAUCAUUAAGGUAUCAGGUGGCUCAUAAAUAAGGAAUGCCAUGCAUGUGUUCAAUCACAUACAGUAGUUUUUAAGGAAUGCACACCUGUUCACCGGGAUAUAGGAUCACAUAAGAAUCUGCCUUGAUUUUCAGACAUAAUGAGAUGAAGUUCCUUCCUUUUAACAAAUGCAGCUGUCAUCUGUGAGUUUCAACCUGAUUUCUGUGUAGAAAGUCAGUUUUGUAUAUUAUUGUUUCUUUCUUAUAUUGUGUCUAUGUGUGUAUGGACUGAAAGUUGAGUGUGUGUUCGGGUCACACAAUGUUGGUGUGAAGAUUUUAUAUGAACUGGAAUCAGGUGUAAAUAAUGUUUGCUGGGUGUGAGAAAUAAUCGUGGUUCAUGUUUAUCAUGAAUAUGAACACAUUUUUUAAAAACCUCUGUGGGAUCAUGACAUGCUAAAAUGCACAAGAACUCAUGAAACACAAUAAAAACAUCUUACAACA